UCUCUUGGAAAAAAAAACCCAGAGAAGGCAGCUCGUUCGAAGUCGCCGAGACAGAGACCUCCCCUGCGAAUCUCGAGUGGCAACUAAUCCGGCCGUCGUUCGCACGGCCGAGGAACGCCGAUUCUCCAUGGCCGCGGCGGAGUCAGCCGGCCUGCACCGCGGGGCGGGGGCGGGGGCUCGGAGGAAGGCGAAGGAGGCGGCGGUGGGCGCUGCCGCGAGGGCGCUCUUCUACCCGACGCUGCUCUACAACGUGGUGAGGAGCAAGGUCCAGGCCGAGUUCCGGUGGUGGGACGAGGUCGAUCAGUUCGUUUUGCUUGGAGCUGUUCCAUUCCGUAGGGAUGUUCCACGCUUGCAGAAGCUUGGAGUACAUGGUGUUGUAACCCUGAAUGAACCAUUUGAGACGUUAGUACCAUCAUCAGUAUAUAAGUCGCGUGGGAUUGAUCACCUUGUUAUUCCUACAAGAGAUUACAUGUUUGCUCCAUCACUUGUGGAUAUUAGUCAAGCUGUUGAUUUCAUUCAUAGAAACGCAUCUCAUGGGAGGAUGACAUAUAUUCACUGCAAAGCUGGAAGGGGACGGAGUACAACGAUUGUCUUGUGCUAUCUGGUGAAGUACAAGAAUAUGACACCUACCACAGCAUUUGAGCAUGUGAGAUCUAAAAGGGCUCGAGUGCUGCUGACCCGUUCCCAGAGAAAGGUGGUUCAAGAAUUCAGUACGAAGGUCGUUGGAGCAGCAGCAGCAACAACAUCAUCAUCUCCAUCGGUGGACGUGGUACCGCAAUCUGAAGAUGGCUCUGGUUUGCCAGGCGUUAUCAGGGAGGAUGCCAGCUCGCCUUCUCACAAGGCCACCCCAUGAGGGCCAAUGAUGAAGAAGAUGCUGUCAUGCCUACUUCCUUCCCCGAUGCGAUCUGGCGGCGACUCGCCCUCGCAUGCCGACCAGCGUGCAUCCUAGCGCCGUACCGGUCCCGAUCUCAAGUGGUUCGUCGACGUGGAGCCGAGGCGAUCGAUUCCUCUGCCGGAAGAUCUUUGUAAAUGUGCUGCUCUGCUCAUCGUCUUUGUCAUGUGUUCUCACGUUGUUGUGUCGGAUCCAGUUCGUUUGGGCCUUGCUCCGUGCAUACAUCGUUGUUGGGGGCUGGUUCUGCAUCUUGUGCUUGCCUGACUGCCCUUGUGUAAGUUUCUGCAGGACCAGGACCUCUGUUUUUCUUUUAAUAAAGUAGUAACUGUUUAAGCUUGCAAGGCUAUACAACUUCUGCUGAAGACUAGUUCGGGGUUUCAAGAUUGGUGAAAUGAGAUAAGUUGCGGCGUUUCGAGAUUAGCGAAA